GUCGAAUCGGGUCAUUUAAAUUCAAUUAUUUUUGGGUAUCUGCAGCUCAUACUUCUCCCUAAACCCUCGUCGAGUUGUUCAAGAUACAGAGAAAAGAGGAGAAAGCGCCCAAUUGGAUUAGCUUCCAAUGGGUAAAACCAAUCCGCGAUUGAAUGGAAAAACUCGUUCGGAGCACAAGUUCGAGAAGAAGCUUCAGUUUUAUGAAUCUGUGAGGAGUUCAGUUGCUACAAAAGCUAUUAGCAAGGAGACUCAGAAAAGAAAACGUCGAAGGCAGAAGAAAUUAAAGGCAUAUGAUUUGUCUUCCCUCUCUGAAUAUCUUCCUGACGUAAAGGCACCCAAGGAAUCGAAAGAUGCUGAAUUCAAACUCAACUGCAAAAGUAGAAAUAUUCUAGUGCUGAAAGAGAGUAAUCAGUUCAAGACAGUAGUUACACAUCCGGUUUUUCAAUCUGAUCCACUUGCUGCCAUUCAUCAACAUUUGCAGAACACACAGCCUUUUGUAGAUGUAAAGACUACGAGAAAGAAUGGUAAAGCUGGAAAAAAGACAAAGAAGGUGAAGAAUAAAUUGAAAGAUUCACAGUUAAUGGAGAUCUAAUGCAUCGAUUUAGCUGCCUUCAUCUCAAUAGUUUCCUCACCCUACUUUUCAACACUUUGUGUGUGUGUGUGUGUGUGACUUUGCACUUGCCAUUGGCUCCUGCAACUAUCUUAUGACUGAAAAAUGCGAGCAACAUAGUGGGAUCUUGUUAGCCAGACUGUCUCACUGAUUUGUUGGCUAAUGUGUAAGAGCGAAGGCUUGUCGUAAAAGGCUGUUCAUAUGACUUAUGAACUAUUUGGAAGAGCUUAUAUGCACAUGAAAUUUAUAUGAUAACACCUAUGUUGAUUUUAA